UGUACAAAAAUCUACAUGGAGGCUCCAGAUGUACAAGAAAAUUUGAACACAGAUUCAAAAUCAAUCAUUAGAAGGUGCUGGAUCCUUUUUCUGCUGGCAAAAGGAAAAGUGCUGCAGAUGGAAGAUGACCUAGUGAUCUCCUUUCAACUGCUGCUCUGCGUCCUUGAGUAUUUUAUCAAGCUGUCGCCCCCUGCUUUGCUGAAGGGACCGUUCAAAGCUGCUGUGAAUGGGCUGAAGCAGCCCACCCAGACAAGAACGACUCGGCGCAGCCAGGGCAGGAAUGCACGCUUUGCACCAAAGCCAGCAGAUACAGACCUGCGGGUGAUGGAGACCCUGUGCAAGGAGAACGAAUGUAACGUAGAUGAGGUCAAAAAUGUUUAUUUAACUAGCUUCAUGCCUUUUCUGGAUUCUGCUGGUUUAUCAGGUGCACAAGGGAUUCCAGAGGUGGAGGUGUUUUCUAAACAGUAUGAAGAACUUUACCGCAAGAACAAGGAUAUUGAUGCCAGGUUGUUCCUGGACAAUGAUGAAACACUUCAGCCUGCUGAGAUUGAUGUGUCGGAGCUGGAGAGAACUCCCAGGAAGAAUCAUUUUGAAGAGGAGAUUGUUGGGAUUCCUCCCCAAACACCAGUCAGAGCCGCCAUGAACUCCAUUCAGCAGUUGAAGGUUAUCCUGAACUCUGCCAGCGACAAACCUUCCGAGAACUUGAAGAGGUAUUUCAGUAACUGCACAGUGAAUCCUUCAGUAGACAUCGCCAAGCGGGUGGAGUGUCUGGGAAAGGCUUUCAGUGACAGGUUUGCACUAGCUGUCGGACAAGGCUGUGCUGAAAUUGGAUCUCAGAGGUUCACACUUGGUAUCCGAUUAUACUACAGAGUCAUGGAGUCAAUGGUGAAAUCAGAGGAAGAGCGACUGUCCGUACAAAAUUUUAGGCAAGUCUCAAGCAAACUAUUGAAUAACAAUGCCUUCCACACCUCAUUGUUAGCCUGUGCUUUGGAAGUUGUCACGGCUACAUAUGGCUGGAGCCCUUUCAAGAGCUGUAGCAUGUCUGAGACAGACCUCUCGUUCCCAUGGAUACUGGAUGUGUUUGAGCUGAGGGCCUUUGAUUUCUACAAGGUGAUUGAGAGCUUCAUCAAGGUGGAGCCUAGCCUGAAGCGGGAUAUGAUCAAGCACCUGGAGAGAUGUGAACACCGCAUCAUGGAGUCCAUUGCCUGGAGAUCGGUAAGCUGGGCCUUCAGGCUUUCCUCUAAUUACAGGGCUUUUGUGGAAAGAGGAAAACGAGAGGAGCAGACCAGAAGUCUUUUAUCCUACAGUGGUAGCUGCUAUUGAGAUUUUAGUAAAAAAAAAAUUAACACCUGUGCAGACACUUUUUAAAUGGGUUUUUAAGGUGAACUGUAGCAGGGACUCAUUUAAAGAGGUUUCCAAGACUC